AUGGAUCACUCUUGUGUUGCUGUUGGGUCUUUCCAUCAGGGAGAUCUGAGAUUCACUGAGAGCAACAAUGCACAGUGCAUGGCUAAUUCAGCCUGUGCCCUCGCCUGGCAAGUGUUCUGCGGGGGGUUCAGUACUAAUGCCAUUGACGAAAUACUCAUGGCCGGCGACCGUUUGUACAAUCAAUCCCGCCGUGAGUAUAACGUCAUACAUAGGUAUCUCUUUCCCGAGGACCUUGCCAGGAACUUCGUGGUUGCAGACCAUCAUGUAACCAUAGAGGAAAUUUCCAAUGUUGUUGAUGGAUUGUAUCCUCGUUCCUACGCCGAAUUGGACGAUGUGACCACUUCUUUAACAGCGAUGUUGGAAACAGCCAUGACCGGCGACUCUGUUGAUGGUGGCUUUGUGUUCACUGGUCAAUUGGUAGCAGUAGCUUUUUGGCGUUACCAAGGGCGACUCUACCUCUUUGACUCACACGCGGUGAACGAGAGUCGUCGUCGAGACAUAGAUGAGGUCAAUAAUAAGGCUCGGCUGUUUGUGUGCGACAACUUUCCUUCCCUGGCCUCCCUUUUAUUGGUAAAUUCGGCGUUCGUCGGUGGACAGUACUCUGUUACUAAGCUUAAAUUUUCCGUCCAUCAAACUGUCCAUACGAUCGGAUGUCCAGACAGUGAUUUGACCCACGUUUUAGAAUCUCCCUCUCAGGCAGUUGCUAAGGGAACCAAAGGUCCUGGCAGACCAAAGAAAAUUAAAAGAGGUCGUCCAAAAACUUUAGACACUACUCGGGAAGAGCAGGUAGAUGCGGCUAAGAAGAGGUAUAGAGAGACGCACCCUGAACAACACAGAGAUGAGAAUCAGCGGUACUCACAAAAUCACCCUGAAGUGAAUAGAAGGGCUGUUCGGGAGUACGACUUGCGUCAUCCUGGUGCUUCUGCCGAAAGAGGUCAGAUUUUUCGACUGAAAAAUCCGAAAAUGUCUGAACUCCAACACCUGGCAGGUCCACUUGCUCGGUCCGUAGUGCAGAAUGGCCCACUUUCUGUUUGGAGUGGAGAGUUACUAGAAUCAAUAGAGCCUUAUAAAUUAAAGAAGGUCAGCCUCUGGGUGGAAGACAUAUUCAGAUGUCGUCAUUGCCACGCACGGCUCUUCGAGGAAGAGAAAAACAGAAAAAAAUGGUGUUGCGGAGAGGGAGCAUUCAACGUUCUUGACCUCCCUCCUCUGCAAGAACACUUUUAUUCUGAUCGUCACUUCCUGGAAAGAGCCCGUGCAUACAACGAUAUGUUUGCUUUCUGCGCGCUCGAAGUGUCAGGCGGGUAUCGUCAUCCCAGUGGUCUUUCAUUUUUCAAGAUCGAGGGAAGAAUGUACCACCAGGUCUACAAUCUGGACGCCCCAGGACAAAAGUUCACCACUCGUUCUGGGAACGUUCAGUUUGUUAAUCGGUCCCGCCUGUACAUAGACGACGGCGAAGAGCGCCGUAACAUUGCGAUGGGUAGAUCUCUUGAUGGCGAGAUCAUCGACGGUAUUGCCGAUUUUCUAUCGAGGGAAAAUCCUUAUAUUGAGCAUUACCGUCGAUUGAGUAAUGAGCCUUCUGUAAAUGCUCACUUGGCUUUUGAAGUGACUAGUAGAUCUACCCAUGGCCCUGUUCUCGGUGAUCGGCAGACAGGCGUUGAAGUGCACGCCGUGCUCAGCAAUGAUGAGAACGACACUGAGCCCCGGAGACUGACAAUAUGGAAAUCCGGUUCCGACAGACCUACAUAUAUUGAUCUUUUACAUCCCCUAAUGGAACCUUUCCAAUAUCCCCUACUCUACCCGCAAGGCACUGUGGGUUGGCACGUUGGUCGCCGUGACAACAAAGGUGCCAAACUGACCCAGUUUACGUACUCGCGUUGCCUCCUACUUUCUGAACCUCGCUUCUCUCACUUAGGCCGUCUUUCACAAGCUUGGCAGGUUGAGAUUUUCGCAAGGUACGAGGAGGAGAGACUGCGUUAUAUAAAGUACACGCAGCUGAAGAACACCGACAAUGCCUUGCGGGUAGGCCCGGUUGACGAGAUCCGUAAUGCACAGCAGGUCUUGAACGACAUCGCUCGUGAUGAAACCGUCCAAGGCGAGGGCGGGGUGCAGGCAGGAAAAGUCUACCUCCCAAGUUCGUUCGCCGGGGGGCCCAGAUACAUGAAGGUCAAAUAUGAGGACGCCAUGGCACUCGUAUCGCGCCUGGGUUCCCCCACUUUCUUUUUGACAUUCACGUAUAACGCAACUUGGGAGGAAAACAAGAAAGCUUGCCCUCGUGGAGGAAGUCGCAGUGACCCUAGCACUGCUUGCAGAGUUUUCAGAAUUAAACUUCUGGAACUUCUCCGAGACCUACGCAGCGGAUCAAUGUUCGGACGAGCUGUCUAUAUCGUCUACGUCAUCGAGAUGCAAAUGAGGGGCCUUCCUCAUGCCCACAUUGUAUUCAAGAUCGACGGCGACGGACCAGUUCAGGCGUCCGAAAUUGACUCCAUCAUCCGCGCGGAUAUUCCCUCGGAAGAAGAGGCUGGAGGCCGACUGAGGAAGUUAGUUCUAAAACAUAUGAUCCACGGUCCAUGUGGAAAUGAUCACAGAACCGACUUCCUCUGUUGGGACUCUGCAAAGGGUUACUGUACCAAGUACUUCCCCAAACCCUGCUGUGAAACGACUCACGUCGACGAGAGGGGAUUUGUCCAGUAUAGACGUAAUUACACCAACCAGGGGACCAUCCAAUCGAGAAAUAAAAAUAUUAUCGUUCACGACGGUUGGGUUGUGCCAUAUAAUCCCGCACUGAUGUUGAAAUACGAGGCCCACAUCAACUUGGAGUUGGCGUCUACGCGCCGCGUAAUUAAGUACCUCUUCAAAUACCUUAUGAAGGGAGGAUCACUACAGAACGUCACAGUCACUCCCUUCGAGCCGUCUGUUGAAUGUCUUCCUGUCCACUUGGAGGGCAAGCAGUCCGUCCUCUUCAGACCUGGUCAACUGGCAGAGGCAGCCGCUAGAAACACCUCCAAACUCACCAUCUACUUUGACCGGCCUCGUAUUUCACUGUUCGACGACGUGACUUAUCAGUGUUUUUAUGAAACAUUUAUAGUCCACGUGAAGCGUCCGAAAACUGCGGAGGUUUACGAGCACCCCAACGGCGUUCAUUUUAUCACUGCCCGCCAGCGCGGCGAGAAGGUGUGCAGACUGUUUUGGGUCUCCCCUAGCAGGUCCGAACAGUACUAUUUGCGUAUCCUUCUCAUGACUGUUCCUUGCCGUGGUUAUGCCGACCUCCUGUCCCGCGGUGGACCCAACUGCCGCACUUUUCAAGAGGUCGCGCGGCAUCUUGGCUUGGUGCAAGACGAACAGGAGUACCACUACGCGCUGCGCGAGGCAGCCACUUUCAUGACUGGCCCGAGACUUCGUUCAUUCUUUGUGAUCCUCUGCAACAUGGGAGCUCCUGCAGCUCUCCUGUGGGAUGCUUUUCGUGAUUCCAUCUGCGAGGACCACAUAGAGCGUAAUCCUCUUGAUGUUGAACUGGCCUACAAGCUAGGUCUCAUUGAGAUUGAUCGGAGUCUCCGUCGGCAGGGCUCUUGCGUCGCAGAUCACGGCCUCCCCGACGUACACGAUGACACGACGGAGUUAGGAAGAGAACUGCUCGUACACGGCGAAAAUCAACAGAGAGUGUUUGUGGAGGAGUGGGUUACAAAGCUUUACAAAGCUCUCUGA